AUGUCGACUCAACCUCCACCACCCACGCGAACAACCUUCGCCGACACGCCCUCCGGCCUCGCCACCGCCAUCAACAGCUUCUUCUCCGGCCCCCCAGAAACCACCGAAUCCGACCUCUCCAAAUUCUUCACCCCAACCUUCACCCAAUGCGACGACAGCAACGCCCCCUCAGGCUCGCGGGAUUUCCCCGCUUUUGUCAAACACAUCAAGUGGCUCCGCGAGAUCCUGCCGCCCGGAAGCGUCAAUGUCAAGGUUACGCAUUACAUGCGCGAUGGGAAUCAGAUUGCGGAGAGGCAUUCUGGGGAUCCGGUCACGAUGGAGGAUGGGAGUGUGGUGUUGGGGGAGACGUAUAUGUGGAUUGAGUUGGCGGAGGAUGGGAGGAUUGAGGGGGUGGUGGAGACGGUUAGGAAGAUGACGGUGAAGGGGCCGACCACGACGAUCGGGGAAUCUGGAGAAGAUGAGGGACGGACGGGAUAA